GGGGGGGGAGGCGCGCGGGGACCGCAAGCGGCGCCACAGCGCGGCGCUGCGCUGCGCGGCCACGUGCAGUCACCCGCACGCGCGCUUCCUGCCGUGUUGCUCGCUGGCGCUGGCGGCGGACCGCCCGCUCACGCGUUAGGGUUCCACCUUCCGAUCUAUUGUGCUGCAACCUGUAUAUAUAUAUCGCCCCUCCCCUUUUUCUUCGAUCGUAUUAUUGUUUAAAUGUCGAAAAGUGAGAAUCGCAGCUUUUCCAAUUCGAAAACGACGUGCCGCCGUGAUAGAUUCGAGAUGAUGUCCUUCGUGGCUCGAUUGCUCUUUCGAGUGGCAUAAGAAAGAAAAAAGUUAGCAAUAAUAAUAGAAAUAAUAUUAGCGAAGCCUUAAACGUUACUUUCUCUGAGUGUCUAGGGUUGUUGAGGUACAAAGUGGAAGGCUAGAAGUGCUAACAUAUCUUAUGAUUGUAGAUAUCGAUGGGAGGAGUAAUAAUGUAACGUUAAUUUUAGUUCAAUGUUUUCUUUGUAGAGAUUUCAUAUUGAUGUAGUAAUGUUUGAUGGAAUGCUAUCGUUUCGAAGUCGAAAUCGACAAAAAUUAUAAAUGUGGAAAUAUGUUAAAUAUUGAAAGUUAUUAUUAAACAAAGUCCUUGAAAAAAAUAAGUAAUAUAUUGUAUAUUGCUUAUACAAAAUGAUUGUUGGGAAAAAUAUAUAUUUUAUUCGUUAUAUUUCAAAAUUACCUACGCGAAACGAGUCGAUAGCAUUCCAUGACAAACACGAUAGGACGAUUCUAAUAUAAUUCUUACAAUAAUAUCGUCCCGACUUGUUUAAUAAUUUGUUAAUGUAAAGUUUAAGUAGAACAGGUAUUUUAUUUUUGUUAGUAUUUUUCGUUUACGUUUCCUGGUAUCUAAAUUCAUUCAAAAUUUUAUAUCGUAAAAUAAAUUGUUCUGUUUUCUUUUGCAACAUUUUGAACGCGAACAUUAAUGUAAGGGGGAUGAUAAGUCGCAUCUCCAGUGUCCGACAGUGGGUACGCCUUUUGGCCGACUGUUCACGAAAGAUGUACCCACAGUCGAAGCCGCCUUAGAAGCCGAACUUGUGAGAUGCGGUUUUUAUAUGUCCGUGGUUCGAACGUUAUCGGAUGCGGACAGUUAUGGUUUGUCCAUGUUGUCUAAGUUUUACACGCGGCGAUUUUAUUGAUUUGCCGCAUUAUAUAAUGUAGGGUGGCAGAUGCGUUGCGGGUUUGUGUUCAUUCUUGACCCAGGCCCCUGUUGCGUUCUGCCGGAUAGUGGUAAUUCGAGGUGUUAGCAGUUUUGUAUGAAGCUGGACUAUGUAAGUGGGGGCGCUAAAAGCCCCCUGGAGUGUCGUCGAAUACGAUGAACUAAGUGUCGUGCUCUUUGAUAUAUGCCGGUCGCCGCUGCUUACCGGUUGCGAACGCACGUUUCCCUUAGGAAAACGGUUUGAUAACUUUUCACAAGUUGUAUCGGCAGGCCUUGCGUUACAUGAUGGUAGCACCACGUAACGGUAAACAGCGGCGGCCAUCAAUUGUAACAUAAUUUACAGCUCCAAGUAUGGAUUGUAACAGUUCAUAUAGGCGUAACUGUUAUCAUAGUUCAUGUAAAACAUAAGAAGUGUAUAUGUUAUAUUUUCGUAUAUUUUCAUUUUACACGGGAGCCGCGUGCAAUUAGGCUCGCCGACGGCGCGCUGUUACGUACGCGUUUCCCACACACUUAUAUUUAUUUCAUUUGAAAGCCUUGCCUUGUUACAAUUUCAUAUAAAUCUUUAAUAUUCGUGCAAUCUUUGCUACUUUAUGUGUCGUGUUUUAUAUAUUUAUUUUUAUGUAGUGUGAUUUACUUCUGUUUGUAAUAACUGAAAACGAAAAAUGUUAAAAAAAAUGUCAUCGCAAAUUUACAUCAGGAAGGCUAUCAUUGUAUAUAUUUAGUAUAUUGUGAAAUUAAUGUAUAGUCAUUUUCAGUUCUUCUAAAUGAUGUAUCAUUAUACUUUCGCUUAUUCUGUUGCCAAUUUCUUUAUCUGAAAUGUUUGAUGUUAUGUUAAUAUGUGUAGGUAGACAAUUACAUCGGUUUACUUAAGACUCUGCAAUGUUUCAGAUAGUGAAAUGUUAACGUAAUGUCUAAAGCUACGUUAUUAGAGAGGUUGGGUAUUUUUAAACUCAUUCAACUAAUUAAUUCACUUUCAUUUGUUCGUGUCACAUAAUGUAUAUCAUUUUUUUCUGUCAUAAGUUCAUAUUAUAUUGUACUUAUUCCAUUAACGAUAUUCGCUAAAGGAUACCUCGAUAAAAAAUAUUAGAAAAUGCAAAAAAAAAAUACUAGUUUCAAGUUUGCAUAUAAUAUUAUGUUUGAUUAGUUGUUAAUCUAAUGUAAUGUGCCUAUGCGCUUGAUGUUAAAUUAUCCAAAACAUCUGUGGAUAAUAGUUUUUUAACAAUUGUUGAAAUGUUUAAGCAAAUGUUAAAAAACAGAAGGUGUUUGUGAUGGUGUUUGGUAGUGGGGACUAAUUAUAAUCAAAUUGUACCAAACCAUUGCAAACGACCUUUAAAUAUAGGACGUGAAUAAAGCUAUCGAGACCACGUUAUAUAACAACCUGUCCGUUAAGUUUUUCGUCUGGUAGAUUUAUUUUGGUCCUAUUUAAUUACUAGGCCUUUAUAUUCACUUGCGUCAGCUCAUGUGUUAAAAUGUACUCACGCUAAUUUAUUGCUGUGCCAAUGAGAAGCCGAAGCAAGUGGUAAUAAAGGGUUUUUCACCUGUCCCCUACAAUCACAACCUUAUUGUAAGCCACAAGAUCAUUGAUACGUGGCGUAAGAGCUCUUCGUCGUUAUAAUAUGUAACUAUUGGUAUAUCAACUUUUUUACUGUCAGUGAAUAACCAAUGUUUGUUUUACACACAAUAUUAUUUUUCGUAAAUGAGAGCAAACGCGUUUUUCUAUAGAUAUGUACUUUGGACACGUAGCAAAUCAGCACACGUUUAAAAAAGAAAAAAAAAUAUUCAUGUAGUAAAAAAAUUCUAAAUCCUGUUGCUCUCUCACCAGAGACAAGUCGGCUUGUAACCGAUAGCCACAUGGCCUUGGUUACAUGCAUAUUUGUUUACAUUUCAUAUCAAUUUAUAUAAUUUUAUUUUCUUUUUGAAGUUUCGUAAAUCAUUAGAGAUUUAAAAAGAUAUAGGCCGGGGUAGGAGCAGUACACAAGGGAUUUCACAUCUUAUCUUUUUGAGCCUAACUUAAAAAGCACUGCAAAUUAAGAAAACUAAAAUUUUACACAAUACUUUGAUGGAUCUUAAAAAUACACCUUACUGUUCUUCUCACUAAUAUGGAUUAGAAUUUUUGAUGUCUACUAACAAUGCGAAAAUUGGCACAUGCCCAUUACUUUUGCAAUUAAGUAAAAAUAUAAAUGGCGAUCGCAUACAUUCGUAUGAGCUUAUUACAUUGUUAUUGUACCAAAUUAUACCAAUUGUUAAUUAAUUUAGAAGUGGUUAUCCCUGAAAAUAGUUACCAAUUUCAUUAUGUUAGGUUGUGCUCGCUACUCUGGUUCUUGCCACUUGUGGGAAGAAAAUAAAAAUAAUGAUCGAUCCACAAUGCGUUUUUUAUUUGACUCGCCUUAUACCCUUACAAAUCCUGAAAAUUUUAUCAAAUUUCAGACGAAAUCCCAAGUCUGAUGGCGUUAAGUAUCUUAGUAAACAAAACACUGCCGCUCUAAAGCCGCCAGAAUUACCGAGAUGAGGAUUAGAAUAACAAUAAAAUAGUGGGCGAAGUUGUCGCUCCACUCAAAAAGCCAAACUUGACUACAGCUUGUCCCUCUCUUUUUCGCACGCGCUAGUGUAAACGAGAGGACGCUAUACAAAAACCACGGUUUACACUUUCAUCCAUUGAAAUGCACGCGGUGCUUCGUUGCGAGCGAGACGCCGGUUCAAAAUAACAGUGAACCGUCCGGUCUUAUCGUCGAACAAAAAUAAUAAAGAAAACGGACGUUGCAGUGAUAGGAACUGAUUUCACGUGUGAUAUUGUGUUUUGAGCUCUGUGAUUGAACUUUUCGGAAAGAGCGUUUGUUUCAAACCUUUUUAUUAAAGAAGGCGAUGCACAUGUGCUGAGCGAUGGGCCACUCGGAGCAGGCAGCGCGGCCGAGUCCGCGCGCGCGGCGAUCGCCCGACCUGCCGCCGCUGCCGCCGCAGAUACAGCCCUGCAGCGGCUUCCUCGGCAACGGCAAAUCAGUGAUCCGUCCGAUAGCGUUCAAGCCGCUCGGCGGGCGUCUGUCAGCGGGCGGAGAGCGAUAUGGCUCCACACCGGUGCUGGCCAGCAGACCUCCGUCUCAUCUCACACUCUAUGGCAGCUCAUCAGACGUGCGCGAGGGUCGGUGGUGCGGCUCCCCGCAGCCCGCGUCGCUGUCCGCGCUGCCGCCCGCCACGCCCUCCGCGCCGAUGCACCAGCGACACCACUCUGCUAUCAUCACAAAGUCAAGUUCUGUGUUGAGCGGCGACAAGGAGCCGGCGCCGGCGCCGUCCCCGGCCGACUCCGGGGUCGCUGAGCUGGAGAGAGAUCACCACGACUAUAGCAGCAGCUCGAGUGUCCGCAGCUACGAGGCCCGCGUGCGCGCGGCGCGCGGCGCCAUGCUGGCGGGGCUGGCGCGCGCGCCGCCCGAGCGCGACGCCGAGCUGGCGCGCCUGCGCCGCGACCGCGCGCUGCUGCGCCAGCGCCUCGAGGACACCGAGUGGAGUCUGUGCCAGCGCGCCGGCGAGAUCGCGCUGCUCAAGACACAGCUUAAGGAUGCACAGAAUGAACAAACCGCGAAGGGACACGAGUAUCUUACGCUGAAGGCUGACUGUCGCCAACUGCGAGAGGCUCUCGACAAGAAGGAAAAAGAAAUCAUGAGGCUCCGGACAGAAACGGACGAAAAAGAAAAAUCCAUCAAUCGACUGCAAAACGAAGUCGAUCGACUCACUAACGACCUCAGGGAAAGCGUCUCAGAUCUCACUAAAACUAAAGACUCCAGCAAAAAUGAAAUCGAAAGACUAAAAACCGAAUUAAAGGAACUCAGACAAGAACUGUCGGACAUCUCUCUAAGCGGCUACGAGGGCAUCGAGUGUGGGAGAACCAUGCGAGGCAUCUACGACGUCUGCAAAACUAACGAGUACCACUGGAACUCCAGCGACAGCGCCCUGGAGGACGCCGAGGUCCAGCGGCUCAACGGAGAGCUCCCGGACUCCUGCGGCGAGCCCUGUCCCGCCGCCGCCAUGCUGGACAGGCUCAAGGGCGAGCUGCAAGCCAAGGACACGCAGUUCAACAGCGAGAGGAGGAAGUGGUCCGAAGAGAAGGACAAGGUCCUCCGAUACCAGAAACAGUUACAACUCAACUACGUCCAAAUGUUCAAGAGAUCUCGUACUUUAGAAGCGGAAGUCGACGGCCUCAGGCUAGAACUGGAGCUCUGCAACAAGAACAUGAAGAACCUGAACAAACACGGCAAGACUAUCGAGCUGUAGAUUACCAAAUUAAUAUUUAAUAUUUAUAAUGGCUAUUCUUUGUACAUAUAAGUUAAGGAAGCGAGAUGGCUAGGAAAGUAAGUCACAAAGAUUAUAUCGAAGUAAUCAGUUUGGCAGAUCGUGGUUUGGAGCUAAACUAGGACGAUAUCUUGCCUUAUUAGUGACUAUAUGAUACUGUAGUUGAGUUCAUCAAAGUUAUGUUAGAUAUUGCCCUCAUAAUACUCAACUAGCAGGUUUAGGGAUGGCGUGUGAACCAGUUGCUGACAAUACUCAAUUAUUAUGAUUAUAAGGUGAUGAUUAUGAUGGUAAGGUGAAAUAUAAGGCGACCCCUUAUAUUUGUUUAAAAAAAACACUUAAUUCCUACUAUGACGUUCUAAGGUCUACUAAAAUGUAUGAUUCUUUUGACUUAAAUAAAGGUCGUCUUAUAAUGAAGAAAUCUUGGUUGAGAUGAUUAAAAAUAUCAGUUAAUAUGUUUGUUACUCAUGCGUUUUUAGUUGAAGCUGAUUGCAUUUCCAUGGCCCAUUUAUUUAGGUAUGCUGUUUGAUUGACAUACCAAUUUUGAAGGCAACUUAAGAAAUGAAUGCUGAAUGAAGAGACGAGUGUUAUAAUAAACGCCAAGUUUAAUGAAGUAUCCGUCAGCUAAACUGCCUAGUUGCAACACAAGUAAUUUUUUAUCGAUUAUUUGAUUCGAAUAUGAGUAUCUUAUUAAACUAUAACUGUUUUCGUUUUCCCUAUACUUGCGAGAUGAUAUACAAUAAAAAAUAUCUCAUUAAUAAAUACUGAUUUAUAUGAUAUGACAAUUAUUUAAAACAUGACAAUUAGUGCGUGCGUGCGUCAUCAUAGUCACAAUCAACUGGUUCACACUCCCACGUCCAUUGUACAUUGUAUUAGAUUAUGUUGAUCGUACUUUUGUAACGUAGAACACUAAGUUAUUGUAAUAAACUACUUUAAAAUA